AUGCUCUUCCAGCUUCUCGGUAUCGCUUUGCUUGCCGUACCAAAGGCUCUCGCCCACGGAGGGGUUAUGGCCAUUUCCAACGGCGGAAACUGGUACAACGGAUGGCAGCCCUACAACUCACCGACCGGGCAAGCUUCGAUUAUCCGACCUUGGGCGACAUACGACCCGAUCACAGAUGCGACUGCUUCCACCGUUCACUGCAAUGAUGACGGAACAUCUCCCUCACUUCAAAUGACGGCGACCGUAGCUGCUGGCUCCAAGAUCACCGGUUACUGGAACCAGGUUUGGCCUCACCCUUACGGGCCAAUGCUCGUCUAUCUCGCUCAGUGCCCCGGCACAACCUGCACCGGGGUUAAUACCAGGUCCCUUAAAUGGUUCAAGAUAGACGAAGCUGGUCUCCUCUCUGGUACUGUCGGCAAGGGCUACUGGGGCUCUGGGAAAAUGAUCGACAGUAACUGUUCCUGGACGUCCACUAUCCCGUCCACCGUGCCAAGUGGACCAUAUAUGAUUCGAUUUGAGACGAUUGCUCUUCAUUCGUUACCCGCUCAACUCUAUCCGGAAUGCGCUCAACUUCAGAUCACUGGUGGUGGGAACGUUUCUCCCUCCUCGUCUCAGCUAGUCUCCUUCCCUGGAGCUUACUCUAACUCCGACCCUGGUUUGACUGUGAACUUGUACACGAAUGAGGCCAUGACCCAAACGACUUACAUCAUUCCUGGUCCACCUCUCUACGGUUCUUCUUCCAACCCGUCGAGUACACAGGCUCCUCCUACGACUACGAAAACGACUACCUCUUCUGGUCCUACCAACACGGGCUCUACUGGAACGAUAGCUCAAUAUGGACAAUGCGGUGGUAUCGGUUGGACUGGACCGACUGGAUGUGUUUCUCCCUACACUUGUACGGUUGUAAACCCAUACUAUUCGCAAUGUCUGUGA